CGAGUACUUGUCGAGCGCUUUACUAAGGAGACUUCCGGCUUACUUCCUUCUUCCGGUAUAAACUGAAAGUUGCUACCUAAACUACUACAAUGGCAGGGAAUCUUAACAUUUGUGAUAUCAGUGAGGAGGUGAAAACGAAACUGAAAAAGAUGCGUUUCCGAAAGGAGAAGAAUGUUGCAGCCGUGUUAUUGAAGAUUGAUCCCACUACAAGAACGGUGAUGCAGGAGGAGGAAUAUGAGGAUGUAACCAUUGAAGAAAUACAAGAGGAGUUAAAUGAGCACCAGCCUCGUUUUCUUGUUAUCAGCUAUGUCCGUAACCAUGGCGAUGGGCGUAUUUCAUACCCACUCUGCUUCAUAUACAUCUGCCCAAGUGGCUGUAAACCAGAGCUCAGUAUGAUGUAUGCUGGCACUCGCAAUAUUUUGCAGAAAGAACUUGGUAUUACAAAGGAUUUUGAACUUAGAAGUACCGAUGAAUUAACGGAGGAAUGGUUGGAUGAAAAGCUGGCAUUCUUUAAAUAGAAAAUAUGACUGGGUGUACAUAUAUAUUCUAUCUGUACUCUUGCUGUGUCUCCCAAUAUAAGGAAGGUGCAGUUCGGAGACUGUGAAAUAACAUAUAUUCACAGUGUUGGCAAUAACACACAAAAAGUAUUUCCCUCUAUGAAAUAGCCUUUUUGUUAGAGUCAGACAAUGGCGAAAAAAGUUUUUUACUAACAAUAAAUAAAGAUGCGAGCUAGAAGAAUACAAUAUGUAUAAUUUCACUGUUGCAUUUAAGUUAACAAUUCGCUUUGGGUGCUCAUGCAUACACAGAUUUAAGACUUACAAAAAACGUUCAUGGUAUGUGCCUCUUUAAUGGCACAACAUGUACAUGUAUGUACAUGUACAUGUACAAGCAAUAGUAUAUUUUUUAAUCACUGCAAUGUUACAUUGUGUUUGUAUAAGUAUUGUGUAAUGUGUUCCUUUUGUUCAUGUUUAUGUUAAGACUUACAUUUUAUCGGACCAAACUCUUACUGAUUAUUUCUAUGAUUUAUUGCAAAAUAUUAAAAACUAUUUUUAAGGUUAACCUCAUAAUUUAUGUAUAUAUUUGUUGUUGUUGAUAAGAUGAAAGAUUUUCUCCCUUUUUUGGAUUAUGGGUUUUUAAGACUUACAUUUUAUGUCAGGGUUAUGUUUUAAAUGUGGUAAUAUGUUCAAAGAAGGUUUUCAUGCUUUUGCAUCUAUUUUUCAAAUUAUUCUGAUUAAAAAUCUAAAAUCAGUAAUUUUGUUUUAUCAAGUUUUUGCUUAAAGUCACAUUAAUAAUGUAUGAGUUGUAUGUAAGUAAACAUUGUAUUUGGCAGCAGCAGGGCAAUGAUGUUAUUUACUUUAUACAUGUAUUUUGAUUUUGCUUCAUCUGUACACAAAACAAUGACAUUCCAACUUAGUUCCAUCAUAAACUUACUUCAGGAUGUACCAAGAUCUCAUAAUGAAGCAGUGAAGUGCAAGAGGUUAUAUGAUUCAUGAACAAUAUAUCAGAUAUUUUACGUAUGAUUGAAAUUUACCCUGAUAUUAGGACUAUUUUAGUUUUCCAGUUUUUAGCUCAAUUGUUUUUUUUAAAGAAAAAGUCAAGGUUUUGUGAUAGCCUUGGUGUUGUCAUUGUACAGAAUCUUGUCCAGAUCUCAAAACCAUUCAACAUAUUCAUGUGAAACUUGGUCAACAUGUUCCUAGAAACAAUAUGCUCAUGUAUAGGAAGGCCCAAAACUCUGGUCUACUUGAUUGUUGAGAUAUGCCCCUUGUUAGACUGAAAUAUCUUCCUAAGAGUCAGGACUUUAACCUUUUAUUUAGAAGCAUAUUCAAUGAACUACAUGUACCCUUUUAAUGUUAUGUCAAAUUGUUAGAACCUUGACUCUCUAAUUAUCUUGUUUUGAUUCAACAACUUGUUGUAUUGUUUUUAACAUCAUGUCUUUUGUAGAUAUUCAAAGCAAUAAAUAUCAACUUUUA